AGUUUUGUUGAUUCGAAUGAUUAUGUCUCUCAUACAUGGUUCUAAUGGGAAUCAAGAACAAAGGUUGUUCUUGUGACAUAAGUAGAAUGUCCCAAUAACUCAGAAUUACUGGGAAAAACUGAAGAUUAUGUAUGGAUUUUGUGAAAAACUUUGGAUAUUUCUCAGAAUAUGGGAGACCUUGCUUCCCUGUUCUGAUUUGUGAGUGGCAGGUUUGUUGAAUUAUUCUGAAGACUUACUGAGCUUCAAAGUUGUCAAACCAAUAUGCCCUUAUCUUGCAAGAGGAUUUUGAGUGUUAUCUGAAUUGCUGGAGGCCUGAGAGUGCAAAUUAUCUCCACAACCGAUGGAUAAAGAUGCUAGGGUGGAAGAGACUGUUGAUUUGCGAACCAAUGUGGAGUUAGUGAGAUCAGUCUCUGAUAAGCACCAUGAUCUUUUAAGGCCAUCUGCUCGGAACUAUUCAAGAGGACAAGCAACAGAUCCAGGUGGCCGUGGAAAGGGAAAGUAUGUCUUAAUUAGAGACCCAGAGGACUUCCAAAAUGGAAUUUAUGAUAAGCCCCUUCCAUUUUAUGGAUGUGGAAUCGGAUGGUUCUCAUUUCUUUUUGGAUUUCUGUGUCCUCCCAUGUGGUUCUAUGCGACAAUUCUCUAUUUUGGAAAUCACUAUAGGAAGGAUCCUAGGGAACGAGCAGGGCUUGGAGCCUCUGCAAUUGCUGCAUUGGUGUGCUCUGUAGUGUUGCUGAUAAUUUUUGGGGUAAUUCUUGUGUUUAAAUUGCGGUUCCUGUAUUUAUAAUUCAUGAGCAAAGGUGAGAAAUAGAGAAGCAAAAGCAUUUGGAAGCAAUUCUGGCGUGAUAUUAGAAACAAUUGGACAUAUGAUGUAUAUAAGAACUUCAAAUAGAUGGAAAAAAAGCCUGCAUAUUGUUUGUGAAGUAAUUCACAGCAAGAAAUCUGUGGGCUAUACCAUAAGUUGAGAAAAGAUGAUUUGUCAUAUCCCUUAUUUCAUUAUUUUCCUAACUCAUUUAUACUUAAAAAGAAAUAUUUUGAGGGAGUGUUUGUGAAUCUCCCAAAAUCACUAUUAAUUUUAUUUUAUUUUAUUUGUUAA